UUAGAAUCUUUUUUUUUUCUUCUCCAUUUCCCAACAUUCUAUUUUAUUUUGCUAAUGAGGCCUCGUGGCAGGCGGUAUAAUAGAUACAGCAGGAGCUUUUCUCGCACUAGGGUGGCGAUUCACACUGUAGUACAUUACGUCUCAGAGAGAGAAAGAAGAUCCCCCUUAGUCACUGAUACAUAGUAUAUUUUUUCAGAUGUAAAUAUUAUUUUCCCUAACUGUUCUUUAUAAUUUAAAUUUGCAUAGGAUAUAUAAAUCUAUAAAUCUAUAUUUUAAAUAAAAUAUAUUUUCUCGCCCUGUUUAUAGUGUUGCAGGCUUAGAAUUAUUAAUAUUAAAAAAGUAUAGGCAAUUCAUAGGUUUGACGUCACACAUUUGAGCAGCAACCAUGGCAAAUGAUGCUCGUGAAACCAUGAAAAAGUUCUGGGAGGAACACUCUCGCGAUGCCUCGUUGGAAGAGAUGAUGCUGGAUUCCAGUGCUAAGCUGCUAUCUGUGAAAGAGAAGCCAGAGAUUAUUGGACUUCUACCCUCUUUGGAUGGGCUGAGUGUGUUGGAACUAGGAGCUGGUAUUGGUCGCUACACUGGACAUCUUGCCAAGUUGGCGUGUCAUGUGACUGCCGUGGACUUCAUGGAGAAGUUUAUUGAGAAGAAUCGUGAAAUCAACGGCCACCGGGAGAACAUAACAUUCCUACAAGCUGAUGUUACCUGUUUGGAACUUCCCAAUCAGAGUUUUGACUUCAUCUUCUCUAACUGGCUGUUGAUGUACCUGACUGAUGCCGAAUUAAUAACUUUGACUCAAAAAAUGCUGGGCUGGCUAAAGCCCGGUGGCUACCUCUUCUACAGGGAAUCUUGCUUUUACCAGUCAGGAGACUCCGAGCGGACAUUUAACCCAACAGUUUACCGUACCCCUGCUCAGUAUAACCACAUCAUGACAUCUGUUACCUCAAAACCUGGAAAUGAUGGCUUUGAGAUUGUGAUGGCAAGAUCUGUGCAGACGUAUAUUCAGAUAAAGAAGAACCAGAACCAGGUGUGCUGGCUGCUGGAGAUGGUUCCCAGGGUACCAGAUGCUCACCAAGGCUAUGGGACAUUUCAAAAUUUCUUGGAUAACCAACAGUAUUCUCGACGUGGGAUCCUUAGAUAUGAGAAAAUAUUUGGGGAAGGCUUUGUCAGCACUGGAGGGCUUGAAACCACAAAGGAAUUUAUCUCCAGAUUGAACUUACUCCCUGGCCAGUGUGUCAUUGAUGUAGGUUGUGGCAUUGGUGGCGGAGACUUCUACAUGGCCAAGAUGUUUGGGGCAGAGGUCCUGGGAAUGGACUUGUCAUCUAACAUGGUGGAGAUUGCCAUGGAGAGAGCCAUCCAGGAGAAGACUCCUCUGGUACAGUUUGAGAUUGGAGAUGCCACGAAGAGAGUUUUCCCUGAGGCAUCAUUUGAUGUAGUUUACAGCAGAGACACGAUCCUACACAUCACAGACAAGAGAGCCCUCUUCAAAAGGUUCUUUUCCUGGUUGAAACCUGGUGGAAAGCUGCUCAUUACGGAUUAUUGCUGCGGACCUCAGCCCUGGUCUCCAGUCUUUCAGGAAUAUGUGAAGCAGAGAGGAUAUACAUUGUACACACCGCAAGAGUAUGGGCAGUUUCUUGAAAGUGUUGGCUUUGUGAAUGUUGACGCUCAGGACCGGACAGAUCAAUUUGUACAAGUCCUUAAUGUGGAACUUAAACGGACGCAGGAGAUCAAGGAGGACUUUUUAAAGAGUUUCUCUGAAGAGGACUAUACCUACAUUAUUGAUGGUUGGAAAGAAAAACUGCAUCGUUGCAGUCUGGGAGACCAGCGCUGGGGCUUGUUCUAUGCAGAGAAACCACGUGACACAAUCUUAUAAUUAAUCACAUUCCUACUCCUUCACUUUAUGACAGCACCUUUGGCAGAAAAAACAAUAACCUGGAAACAUGUUAUUAAACAAAAUUGUUUUAUUUAUAUAUAAAUGUAUGGAUAUUUCUUGAAAAGAAAGUGUGUUUAACAAGACUACAUGUGAUUUCAGUUAAAUAAGCUGUGUAUUCUUUAUGACACAUUGUAUUAAUAGUGACACUGUGUGGUCAUUGUUCGCAUUGCAGACAAUUCUGGAAGUCGGUUGCUACACUGAAAAAGAAACAUGUUGUAAGCUACCAUGAUACAGGUUCUGCAGCUGUGUGAUAUAUACAUUCAAUUUUUUAUAUAACCACCGGGCAGUUUUAAAUUAGUGAAAAAGUGAACGCAAUGGGGAAACAAACAUAAACUUUUAAAAAAAUUGAUAGACCUAAUUUGGGAAAUUCCCCGGUGAGUUUGGCAUUCCACCCAAGCAAUUGCAACAUAGUAUCCAGGCCAUUAUACAAGAAGAAUCCUGAAGUUACAUUUACAUUGAUGUGUCAUUAAAACCCCAUUGACAGGAUUUAAUAGUACAUCUAAGUAUGCCAGAGUGCAGCCCCCACAAACCUAGCUUGAUGCAUUUCACUCCACAUAUAUGCAUAUGAAUAAGCACUGCUGAGCUGUGAAACGCAUCAUACUAGGUUUGUAACACACUUGAAUUUAGAAAUCAAUGCUAUCCGACUUGGGCAAAAAUAAGCAAUCUGAUUGCCAGGACUGAAUUAAUGGUACUUCUAACUGUGUUGCAAUAAAUAGCCACUAUUAUUAAAGGACUAACUUUAAUUUUGUACUUGUCUACUUAAAUUGAACAGUAAACUACACCUUCUGAACGAGUAAUGUGCUUGUAUUGAUAUUUCAUAAUUCAAAACGAGCCUGUGGGAAAGAUAUUAUAACAAGUAACUGGUGAAUAGCUUAGAGCUAUAAAAAAAAUGCUUUAGAAAGAGAGAUAAAAACCUUUUAACUAACUUACUGAUGUAUGAGUUUUUUCAGCAGCUGGAAAUAGUUUUAUCUUUACUGUAUACAACAUUGUACUCAUCUCAAGAAAUAAAAUACAAGUACAUCUUAUAUUAA